UCAACAUGAUGAUGUUCAUCCAGUUCAUUUUUGUGUCACUACUCACAACCCAAGUUUUUAGCUAUGGAUUGAACAACCGUAUUAUCAAUGCUUAUACAGCAAGUGAAGGUCAAUUUCCACAUCAAGUAGAACUCUCUCGAUCAAACGUCUGGGGUGUGCCAGAUCAAUUAGAGAUCAGACCAUAUUGUGGUGGUUCAAUAAUUAACGAAAGCUGGAUACUAACUGCUGCUUAUUGUGUCUAUGGAAUUCCAUCAACAUUAUCAAGCCAAGUCAAAGUUCUUGCUGGAGCACAUGAUCUCUCUGCAAUAUCUGAACCUUAUCGACAAAGCCGCUUCGUCAGUAGUAUACAUAUUCAUUCUUCUUAUCCAGGAUUAAAUGCACAACAUGAUAUUGCUCUUCUUAAACUAAAUGAUCCACUUGUUUUUGAUGGGUAUGUUAAAGCAAUUUCUCUUCCAAGCGUAAAUGCCAGCCUCAGUGGUUCAGGAACCAUCAGUGGCUGGGGUUCAACUUCAAAAACUGAUAUUGUAAAUAUGCCAAACAAGUUACAUUAUGAUUCAGUUUCAAUUACUUCUUACGAUGAAUGUAAAAAUUCAAUGAAAAAAAUGGGUGCACGUUUGGAAAUAUUUAAAACUCAAUUAUGUACUGAAUCUAGUACUAGUAUUUCAACGUGUAUUGGUGAUUCUGGUAGUCCACUUACUCAACAAAAUUCUGAUACAUUGGAACAAGUUGGAAUUGUUUCAUGGGGUCUUUAUCCAUGUAGCAUCAGUAAAAUAUCAUCUGUUUAUACACGUGUUAGUCAUUAUGUUGGCUGGAUCAAUCAAAUCAUGUCAAGAAACUAA